GUUUAAUCCGAACGCAAAGUUAAAUCCAAUUUUGUUAUCGCUCAUACAUAAAUACGCAUUAUUCAGAAAAAUGGAAAAUUCCAGGAACGAGGGAAGGUUCGACUUGAAAGACAACGAGAAAUCCGAUGCUCCCUCGACACCCGCUCUGAGCGAAGCCCUCGAAUGCACCAUUUGCCUGGAUUCGGCCGCAUCGCCGAUUAAUGAGUGCGAAAAUGGCCACGUUGUUUGUGGCAUUUGUGCAGAAAAGAUAACAAAUUGCGGCCUCUGCAAGACAAAUUUGCAAGUAUCCGUUUUGGCGGAAAGACUGUCCCGACAAUUCAAUUUAAAAUGCAGUUGUCCCAAUGGGUGUGUCGCCAAAAUUGCCGGGGCGGACGUGAAGAACCACAUGGAAAUUUGCGAGUACAGAGACGUCAUAUGCCAAGAACAAUGGGGAAAUGAAUGCGAUCAGUAUCAAAUUCCAUUCCAAAAAUUUGCCAUGCAUUUACAAGUGUGGCAUGAAAUAGCCUUCGAUGAAGUGGAUGAUGGAAGCUAUGUGACUCAAAAUCCGUCCUUCACGCUGGCCGGCGACAACUUUGCAAGACCAGGAGAUACCGGAAUUUUUAGAGUAUUAACGAAACACGGCAAGUUUUUUUUCUUCCAUUUUCAUACCGGAAUCCAUUUCGAAAGCAUUUGGGUAACAGUUCUGGGAAAUCGGGAUGAGGCUGAGAAACACUACUUUCACUUGAAAAUAAGCCAUGACAGCGACAGUAAAACAAAAAUGGAACAAUCCUACACAAUGCCCGUGUUGGCGUAUCAUGACCACUCCAAGUUUAACCCGGAAACAAUGAAGGGAAAGUGCGUUUCGAUCCCGGCCUGCGUUAUGACCCAGUUUGGAGUAAAUAAGGAUUUACGAGAUGCUAACAAGUUUUAUUUAAAUUUUACGUAUACGAUUGUUUAAAAUGUUUUCGUUGCUCAAUUUUGGACCAGAUACAUAUCUUACUAGAUACUUAAAUCUGCUUUAAACACUUGCCAAAAGUUAGCAAUUUCAAUUGUAUUUGACAUAUGUGUUAAAUAUGAUGUACAUAAAUGUACACAUACAUACAUAGAUAAUUUUAAUUGUAAAAUAAUUGGCAGACAUUUCUAUGGGGUUACAUGUAAAAAUGAUAGACUAGAAAUAACUCGAUACCGUUUUUGAUAAUAGUGAAAUAAUUGUGCUCUCGUCAGAAAUAUAAAACUUUGUGAUACCGAUUAAUUUGAGCGUGGUCAAUAAAUAGUUCUGGGAGUGAA